UGCGAGCCACACACACGCCUUACACAAUGUGGAUAUCAAACGUAAUACUCAUCAGUCUUGUGUUGUGUGAUGUCAGAGACGUACACGCUGAUACCAACUUGACCGCUUUCACUGAACAACUAAAUCUGUUUGAAGGAGAGAUGCUAGCAUGGAGAGGUACGGCUGUUAAUAUUGAGGCUAAAAUGAUUAACAAGUUUAACAUGUUGGAGUUAUCACUGAGAGAUGAACAGAAUAACACGUUCAUUUUUUGCCUCCAUAAUGCAUCUAGUGAAACAAGCAAUUGCUGACAUCCUGAGAGAAGACGAUAUUGGGUAUAUAUUCAGGGGACAUGUUCGAGAUGUAGUUACCAGCCUGAAAGCCAAUGUACACAACACGAAGUCAAAACUUCAGGCAGUAACACGACACUUUGAGCAAGUUGAAUAGGAACGAGACACUUACAAAGAGAGUGUUGGAAAAUUUCAUGGCGUGCUGACCGACUACACCCAUAGUUUACAGCUGCAGCUGAAUGAGACGGUCGCUGAAUUGCGUGAUGCAAAGAUGAUGAACACUGCUCUUAAGGAGGUUUUAAUGACAUUGAAUUCAAGUUAUGUGAGGGCCGCUGAACAGAGCGUCUCUGCUGAACAAUCAUACAGGGAGGGCUUGCGGGAAAUGCAGCAAAAGAUACAGGAACUUGAGGAACGUGAUGCGCUGCAUGUUAAAGCCAUCCGAGCCUUGAACAGAACCAAACAGAACAGAACAGAUGCGAGAGGUAAACAACCUGCAUAUCAGAUUGCAUUUUCAACUGGUCUGACGCAUAUAACAGAGACACGGGGGUUUUCAUUUGUCCGCAGAAUGGGAUCUACAGCUUCCAAGUCCAUGCUCUAUCUCAGCAAGUUCCUGUCGUAUCCAUGUUGGUUCCAGGGCUACUCUUCUGCCUAGCAUAUUCGUUGCUAUGGGGCUGGGUAACAUCAGCAUCUUCUUUCAAGAGGGUAUGCUAUUUCACAAACUGGUCCGGAGACCUUCUCAUCCCGGAGGCCCAUUUCAACCUGGAGGACAUUGACGCUAGACUGUGUUCACAUCUCAUUUAUGCAUUCGCUAAAAUCAACACAGAAUCCCUUGACCUUCUUCCUACGAGGCUCGACGACGGAGGGGAAAAUGGAGCAGUGGGACGUUAUAUACUGUUUAAUAACUUGAAGAAAGACCAUCCUGGCCUGGUCACUUUGCUGUCAGUCGGGGGUUCCUUGCAGGCCAAUACAGGAUUCGUUAAAGUUGUUGAGACAAUGGAAAGCAGGCGGAAGUUUGCGAAUAAUUGUGUGGCGUUUCUGAGACUAUGGGGCUUCGAUGGGCUGGACGUCGACUGGGAGUACCCUGGAGAUCCCUUCGAAACUAGAACUAAUUUUACAAUGCUGUUAUUGGAACUCCGGACUGUCUUCGAAAAAGAGGCAGAGGUGACAGGCAGAAAGAGGUUGCUGCUGUCAAUGGCCGCCCCUGUCAGCGAGGUCCUAAUUUCUGAUGGUUAUGAGGUUGACAAGGUUUCGAGACUUGUUGACUUCAUCAACAUAAUGGCGUAUGACUUCCAUGGUGCCUGGAACGACAUCUGUGGCUUCAACGCCCCGCUCUACUCACGGAAAGGGGACUUGCAGUUCUAUCCCGACCUUAAUGUGGAAUGGGCUGUUGACACCUGGAUCAAACGAGGAGCCCCGCCUGAGAAGAUAGUUGUUGGAAUAGCCGGCUAUGGAGCUUCGUAUACACUGGCCGAAGCGUCGAGUCAUGGUGUCGGAGCCGAGGUGUUGGGACCGGGAAAACCAGGCCACUACAGAAUGAUGGAGGGGCAGCUGGCGUUCUAUGAGGUGUGUGAGAUGCUCGAUAAGGGAGAAGCUAGCUACGCCUGGGACGACAUUCAGAAAGUGCCAUACGUCUACAACAACGACACCUGGGUCGGAUAUGAUGACGAGAAAAGUGUUGCCGUCAAGACCGAAUGGGUGAUUCAGAAGAACAUGGGCGGUGUGAUGCUGUGGUCCCUUGACUUGGAUGACUUCAAAGGAACUUUUUGCAAAAAGGGAAAAUUUCCACUACUUAGGUCAAUUGUAAAAACAGUUGCUAGAUACUUUGAUGACAUCACUGUCCCGCCACCCAGAACAACCACAACAGCGCCCCCUACAACGACCUCAACUUCAACGACGACGACAACACCUACCCCUGCUACUACCACUACGGCAACAACCACACCAACGACAUCUCCAACGCAAACGACAACGGUUGCCAAGACCAUGGCAAGUAACACUACCAUUACCCACGCGACUGACAAGAGAAGUCGGCCUCCAGUUACAACGACCACCUCAACACGCGGCAACGAUGUCCUCACAACAACACGACGACCUCACACCUCCACUGACAGGUGGGACGUCAACGAUCUUCCCAAAUGGGUACGCACAGAUUCAGGCGUCAACAACAACCAUGACGACAGUGGCGAAAGCGACAACAUCGGUAUUGAUAACAGGGGGAAAGGGGAGGAGGGUGAUACAGGAGGGAAUCGUAUUGGAGAUGUUGUUGAAAACGAAGCACCUAGUGGCGACGUGGCUGCGAAGAAGACUAUGGCGAUAACUGCAGGGAGUGGUAGCAUUAAUAUUUGGUAUAGAUUUGCUUUUUUCAUUACAGUUUUCUUUAAAAUUGUAUGGUAAAGGUAACAGUGGUAUAUUUUCAAAUAAAAUAUUUUGUAUGGAAA